GGUGUACUUGAUUCAUUUGACUUCCAGUCAUAUGAUGUAUGUAAAUCUUGUUUACUUGGUAAAAUGACAAAGGCUCCAUUCACCGGUCACGGUGAAAGGGCGAAUGACUUAUUGGGCCUCAUACACUCCGAUGUCUGUGGUCCAAUUAGCACUGUAGCUAGAGGUGGUUAUUCUUACUUCGUUACAUUUACUGACGACCUUAGUAGAUAUGGAUAUGUGUAUCUCAUGAAACACAAAUCGGAAUGCUUUGACAAAUUCAAAGACUUCAAGAACGAAGUACAAAAACAAUUAGGCAAAAGUAUUAAGACCCUCCGCUCGGAUCGAGGAGGUGAAUACUUAAGCCUGGAGUUCGAUGACUAUCUGAAAGAGCAUGGGAUCUUAUCCCAACUCACUCCUCUAGGGACACCUCAGUUAAAUGGAGUGUCUGAGAGGAGAAAUCGGACUUUGCUAGACAUGGUCCGGAGCAUGAUUAGUCUGACAACAUUGCUAGAAUCAUUUUGGGGAUAUGCAUUGAAAACAGCAGCACACACACUCAACAGAGUUCCAUCUAAAGCUGUCGAGAGCACACCAUACGAACUAUGGCGUGGGAGAAAACCGAGUUUCUCGUACUUUAAGAUUUGGGGCUGUGAAGCUUAUGUAAAACGUCUCAUGACGUCUAGUAAGUUGGAGCCUAAAUCUGAUAAAGUAGUUUUUAUGGGAUACCCCAAGGAAACUAGAGGGUAUGAGUUCUAUCAUCCAUCCGAUAACAAAAUCUUUGUUGCUCGGAAUGGAACCUUCCUUGAGAAGGAGUUUCUUUCUGCUAUCACUAGUGGGAGAAAGGUAGACCUCGAAGAAAUUUGAGAACCACAAGAAGAAGUCCCGAUAGUGUUGGAACCUGAGCAAAGAGAUCAAGCAAUUGAACCUCAAAUUGCUCAAGAUAUACCACGUAGGUCAGACCGGAUACGUAAUCCUCCGGUCAGAUAUGGAUUUCUCAUGUCUGAUGAAGGUGACGUCUUGUUGGUAGA